AUGGGAAGUAUAUUUGCAACUCCAAUACAAUAUAAUGUUCUUAAUGAUUUAAAAAAUACAACAAAAAUGACUAUGGGAAGUAUUUUAUUUGAUAGUGAAGUUGAUGAAAUUACAGAACGUUGUAUAGAAUCAAAAAUUCGUGGAAUGAAAGGGGUCAUGGCUCUUAUUUCUGUUAGCUCACAUGUAUUUGGAGUAUUUACUACAGGUCAAAUGGAUGUACAAAACAUGAAAUUUUUAUGGACGUUGACAAGUGACAAAUCUUCUUUCUUCUUUCACGUUUUACCAACAGGAAAAUUAGUAGUAACAAAAGAAUUUAAUUUAAAUAUAAACCCCCUCCAAAAUAGACUCCUUUUUAAUUUUUCUUCAUCUUCAUUUGAAUUAAAGAUAGAUGGAGAAGGAAAUAUAGGACCUAGUAUUGCAUAUGAGUCAAACCAAUAUUCACUAGAUGCAGAGCUUGAACGUUUUCUUUUCGUUCAAUGGAAAUGA